UACAUUGGUCUCGGCGGACGUGUCUGGUCCUGUGUGCUGGCCGCGGCUUCACCAUCACACGGAGUGUGUGAUGGCGGCCUCCUUGGCGGCGACCGGCUGGCUUAGGGAAGGACUACCAAGCUGUCUCCUCCGCCGCUGUCAUGCUAAGAAGUCUUGCAGUGGGCCGCCGGCUGGCACAGAGGGAGGCAUGGCCACUUUGGCAGGCCUUGCAGUAUGUGGAGAGACCAACACUCUUGGGGACCAAGUGUAGGGUAAUGGAGACUGCCCCAUGCCUGCUGUGUGGUCAGCUGCCACGCACAGCUUUCCACUCAUCUGCUGCUCUCAGCAAGAAAAGGAAAGAUAAAGAUGCUAAGAAUGCAGUUCAGCUGAACCCCAAGGCAAUAAAGCUGGAAAAAACGAAGGCUCGUGUUGUAUCAAUCUGGAAGAACAUGACGGUGCUUGAGCUGUCUAAGGCCAUCGAGAGAGACAUUGACACAGUGUUUGAAAUCUUCAUGUAUGUAGAGGGAAGUGAUCACUAUGAUGAACCGAAUGCCCCGAUCACCAACUUGCGUGUGGCCCAAGAGGCAGUGAAGCGGGCUGGCCUGAGGUUCAAGAUAGAAGGCAGUCCAGUGAAGGUGGAGCAGGAGACCAAGAACAAGGAUGCCUUCAGAAGACCACCGCCAGAAGAAGAAAAAUUGGUGCGACGACCCCCAGUGGUCACAAUCAUGGGCCACGUUGAUCAUGGGAAGACCACACUCCUGGACAGCCUUCGGGACACCAAUGUGGUCCAGUCAGAGCAUGGUGGCAUCACCCAACACAUUGGAGCAUUCUCAGUACAGCUUGAGAGUGGAGAACAGGCCACCUUCCUGGACACCCCUGGCCAUGCUGCAUUUGGGGCCAUGCGAGCACGGGGUGCCAUGGUGACUGACGUGGUGGUGUUGGUGGUAGCAGCAGAUGAUGGGGUGAUGGCCCAGACCCAGGAGUCCCUCAAGCUGGCCCAGGAAGCACAUGUGCCAAUUGUGGUGGCCAUCAACAAGGUGGACAAGCCUGAAGCAGAUGUGGUUGGCACAAGGAAGAUGCUGCUUAAUGCUGGACUGCAGCUAGAGGAACAGGGUGGAGAGGUGCAGGCAGUGGAGGUGUCUGCCCUCACUGGCCAUAACCUAGAUCAAUUAGUUGAGGCUGUGGUGACCCAGGCAGAACUCUUAAACCUGCGCUCUGACCCCACUGGUGCUGUGGAAGGUGUGGUGGUGGAGUCUAGGACUGAUCCUGGUAGGGGAAAGGUGGCAACGUGUGUCAUCCAGCGGGGCACACUCAGCCGUGGUGCCGUGCUGGUGGCAGGAACCGCCUGGGGCAAAGUUAGGGGCAUGUUCAACGAUGCUGGGAAGCCUAUCAAGUCUGCCCCCCCAGCCACUCCUGUUCAGGUGAUUGGGUGGCGACAGUUGCCUUCAGCUGGGGAUGUGGUGUUGGAGGUGGAGGGAGAGCAUCGUGCUGCAGAAGUGGUGGGAUGGCGGGAAGCUGCCUUGAAGAAGCAGCAGCAGGAAGAUGAUGCAGCAGCCAUCGAGGAGAAGUUGCAGGAGCACCUCAAACAGUACCGAGCACAGCGGGAGGAGAAAAGGAAAAUGGGAAUAAGGUACAAGCUACGCCAGCGAGGUCCUCGGCCAAAGGAGAGUGAGGAGGAGGAUGGGCCACCCAAGGUAUCACUUGUGCUGAAAGGAGAUGUAGAUGGAUCAGUGGAGGCUUUGCUAGACACCCUCGACACCUACCAUGGCACGGAAUGUCACCUGGACCUCAUCAGUUAUGGUGUUGGACCUGUCACUCUCACCGAUGUGAACAUGGCCUCCAUGUUCUCAGGUAUUAUCUACACCUUUAAUGUGGAAGUUCCAAAGGAGUUGCAGACAUUAGCCUUGAAAAAAGGUGUGACCAUCUCAGAACACACAGUUAUCUAUCACCUCAUUGACCACCUCAAGGAACAGAUCUCUGCACAGCUGCCUCUCAGGGAAGAGGAAGAAGUACUUGGUGAAGCAAAUGUUCUUGAGGAGUUCUUGAUCACUGAGGGGCGUAAGAAAGUUCCAAUUGCUGGGUGCCGGUGUGUGAAGGGAAGCCUGAAGAAGAGUGCCUUGUACAAAGUAGUGCGAGGCCAAGACACAAUCUAUGAGGGUGAACUGUCAUCCAUGCGUCACCUGAAAGAGGAAGUGGAAAGCAUAGCAAGAGGCAAGGAGUGCGGUCUGUGCUUUGCUGACCACGACCUCAGAUUUCAGACUGGUGACACACUGAUCUGCUACAGAAUCAAGCAGAUCCCUCAGACAAUAGACUGGGACCCUGGUUUCUAAGGCUUACAUAUUAUAAUUCUUUUAUUUUUCUUUUCUUUAUUUUACAUACAUAGGCUAUUUCUUCAUGCAAGGUGAAUCAUAAGGAAAGGGCAGAGUGCAGGAAUGUACAAGUAUGUCAUUCUAAAGUAAAGAGUUGCCUGCAGACUGUCCUGUUGAUACUUAAUUUUACAAUGGAUUUGCUGAACUUUAGUACACAUGCACUGUUUUUACUCAACUUCACAUAAAUUGUCUCUUCUUUAGCUCUUUCAGUUUUCCUUCC